AUGUCUAAGAAAUCUAAAAAAUUCCUCAAUUCUAAAUUUCAACUUCAAAGAGAACAACAUGAACAAGAAAACGAAAAAGACCGAAUUUUUAAAAGGGAAGAAAAUGAUAAGCAUCAUAUUUCUAUGAAAGAAAUUGAAUCUAUGAAAAUUAAAUCUAAAGAACAUAUUGAAGAACAAAAACUCAUAUUUCAAGAACAAGAAAAUGAAAAGGAUAGACGAUUCCAUAUAGAAAUGAUUAAAUAUUGUGGUGAAAUCAUAAAAUAUAUAAUUGAAAAACAUUUUGCUUGGGUGUUUUUUACUAGUUUACUUCACAUCUCUAUAUAUUUUUAUUAUGUUUCAAAUAAUAAUAAAAUUGAUAAUAUAGGACUUUACACAUAUACUGAAGGUAAUAAAUAUGUUCGUGCUUCAGAGGAUUUAUAUAGAUGUUAUAAUGGAGAAAUAAGAUUAUCAGCUUUAGAAGAUAGUUUUGGUUAUUAUUAUGAUGUUACUCAUUGCAAUAAUUUAAAGAUUUAUUAUUGUAAAAGUAAAAUUUUUGAAGGAAAUUUUCAGAAUUUUUAA